UUUUCUAGAGUAAGCAUUCAACAGUAGUGCUCCAUCCAGUUACUCUAUAACUUCCUAGACUUAAUCUGUACAAGAAGUUAAUGGCGUCUAGCUCGAUGUCUUCCCGUGCCUCAGGCACUUGGACUGUCCAGGAGAACAAGGAGUUCGAGAAAGCUCUGGCCGUUUAUGAUACUGACACACCCGACCGUUGGGCCAAAGUUGCAAGGGCUGUCGGAGGGAAAACCCCAGAAGAGGUGAAGAGGCGUUAUGAAAUUCUUGUGGAAGAUGUCACAUACAUUGAGAGUGGCCAAGUGCCCUUCCCCUACCGCAGAACCUCUCUGGCCGCCUGUAACAGGGGAGGAUGAAGAAUCUAACGUUCCACUGAUGUGUCAUUACACUUGUAAUGAUCAACUUUACUACUGUUGUCGUAUUAUAUUCUGGAAGCUCUUAGCUAGCAACAUGAAUAAAAAUGCAAUGUUUACCCAAAACUAGGUGAAAAUAUGUAGUAGAAAUUUUCAAAU